AUGACCGAGCCCGAGAACUUCGAGGACGAUCUCUUCGCCGAUCUCUACGACGAUAACGAUGCCCCAAAGCCCGCGCCUGCUGCCCCUGUUGCAGCUCCUGCAGCUCCCCCUGCCCCAGAGGUGCAGCCUCCUACUAACAACACCCACGACAACGACGACCACAAUGCAACAUACCAACAUCAAGACGUAGGAGCUGAUGAACACAUGACUCAAGAUCAAGAUGACGACGACGACGAUGUUGAUUUCAAUCUUGGCGGAGGAGGAGGCUAUGGCAGUCACACAGGCCAGGCUGGUAUGCAUGAUGAUGAUCAAGCACCUCCCUACGGAACUGUUCAUAAGGCAAGUGCCAAAGAAGAUGGUAAAAUGUUCAUUGGUGGUCUCAACUGGGAAACUACCGACCAAUCUCUGAGAGACUACUUCGCCCAAUUCGGCGAGGUCGUUGAAUGCACCGUCAUGAGAGAUAGCAGCACAGGACGAUCACGAGGAUUCGGUUUUCUCACAUUUAAGGAUGCCAAGACAGUUAACAUCGUGAUGGUCAAGGAGCAUUUCCUGGAUGGCAAGAUUAUUGAUCCCAAGCGGGCCAUUCCCCGAGACGAGCAAGAAAAGACAAGCAAGAUCUUCGUUGGUGGUGUCAGCCAAGAGACAACCGACCAGGAGUUCAAGGAAUACUUUGCCCAGUUUGGUCGCGUCGUGGACGCGACCCUCAUGAUGGACAAAGAUACCGGCCGGCCACGAGGGUUCGGCUUUGUCACGUUUGAGAACGAAGCCGGUGUCGAUGCCUGCAUCAACGUCCCACUAGAGAUCCACGGAAAGCCUAUCGAAGUCAAGAAGGCUCAGCCUAGAGGCAACCUUAGAGAAGAAGAGGAGGCCUCGCGACGUGGCAAGUUCAGAAAGGAUGGCGACCAGUCUAACCAAGGCUCUAUGGGCCAGCAAAUGGGCAACAACAAUGGCAUGACACCUCAGGUCAUGGCCCAAUACUUUCAACGUAUGCAGCAAUACUUCACCAUGAUGCAGUCCCAGAUGGCCAUGAGCCGAGGAAUGCCCAUGAACCCAGCCAUGUGGCAGAACAUGAUGCAGAUGCAGCAGAUGCAGCAGCAGAUGAUGGGUGGCCGGGGAGGCGGCGCCAAUGCCCAAAACAUGAUGCAGAACAUGAACCCUCAGAUGGCGCAACAGAUGCAACAGCAAAUGCAACAGAUGAUGCAGCAACAGGGUCAGCAAGGCGGCCAAGACGCUGGCUCAGGCAGUGCCAGUCCCACUGCAUCAGCCAACGGUGGUGCCGGCCGAGGAUAUGACAACAACAAUAAUUUCAACCAGUACCAACAGCAACAACCCCAGGGCGGCCGUCGUGGAGGACGUGGCGGCUACGGUGGCCAUGGAGGAGGACAUGGAGGUUACAACAUGGGCGGAGGUGGCGGAGCUCCAACUUCAUGGGAAGGCAUGUAUGAUGAUGUCCCACAACCAAACCCCAACCAAGGCCCCGGCAGCUUCAAUCGUGCCGGUAGUGUUGGCGGAAGCUCUGACCCUCAACAUGCACCACCCGCCAACGCACCCACUGGUCCCAAGAACGCUGGUAAACCAGGAGCCAACUACCGUGGUGGCGGACGAGGUGGAAACCGCGGAUUCCACCCUUACUCGCGAUAG